UCGCCUCUUAACAAUGACGACUUUCACAAAUCCAUCUCAACUUUUGCCAUUAGAGUUGGUGGACAAAUGUAUUGGGUCUCGGAUUCACAUUAUCAUGAAAAAUGACAAGGAGAUUGUAGGGAUUCUACUCGGGUUUGACGAUUAUGUCAAUAUGGUAUUGGAGGACGUUAUAGAGUUUGAGAGUACACCAGAAGGCAGAAGAGUGACGAAGCUCGAUCAGAUCUUACUCAAUGGCAACAACAUUACUAUGUUGGUGCCAGGAGGGGAAGGACCAGAGUCUUGAUCCAUAUGCCUUUUUUCUGGAAGAAAUCAUGUGCUUUGAGCAAUUAGUGCUGAGCUGUUUCAUGGCAGUAAAAUAUUGCUGUUAAAUAUCAACUUUAUAAAAUGUAAAAAUUUUCGACUAUAAAAUUCCUCAACAAAAUUGAAGAUUAAAUUAUAUUUUGUUGAAUGUAAAUUAGGUCCAAUCGUGUAAACACCGGCAUCUAACAAAUAUUUUUUUUAUGAUUGCAGAUUUCUUGGUUUUCAAUUUUGUUGAAAACUUACAAAAUAACGAAUUCUCUUAACUUGAAAGUGCUGUUUUAUGAACUAUAUGGCAAAGUGCAAGAUGGACUAAAUUCCAUAUGAAUAUAGAUACUGUAAUGUCUGUCAUGUGCCAUGCCCUCUACUUUUCUUUAAAGUUUCGCAAUCUCAAGCUGGCAGCUGGACAGUGUUCUUGUUUAAAAAAAAUAAUCACUGUAUCAUGCUAUUUUGUAUUCUUAUUUUCAUUUUGUUUAAUUAACUACCAUCAAGUUCAGAAUAUUGUAAUAUGUUACAAAUUAGAAUGGUUUAUGUAAUUAAAACAGGAAUUAUAAGUUUUUGGCAUAACAUUUUUUUCUCUCCAAGAAAUGCCUUUGACAAUGUGUUUGUUUUUUCAUUAAAAAUCAUGUCUGUAAAUGAUUAAACUUAUCAUCCAUCUAUAUCAUUUGUGUACAUAGUUAAUGUUGUAUCUUUAAGGAAUAAAUAUAAAGAUAAUG